AUGUCUUCCCACGAUGGCUGGAUAGCAUACCAGUAUUACCCCUCAAUGGGCGCCGCAGUCCUCUUCAUAAUCCUCUUCGCUAUUGUUACCCUACUCCACACAUACCAUCUCUUUCGCACGCGCACAUGGUUCUUCAUCCCGCUCGUUCUCGGCGGAUACUUCGAAACGGUCGGGUAUAUUGGACGUGCCAUGUCCGCGCAACAAUCACCCAAUUGGACAACAGGGCCGUAUAUCAUCCAGAGCACAUUGCUGCUGAUCGCACCAGCGCUAUUUGCGGCGAGUAUCUAUAUGGAGCUUGGAAGAGUUAUUGUCCUUGUGAAGGGGGAGCGAUUUGCCCUCGUGAGAGUGAAUUGGAUGACGAAGAUCUUUGUGGGCGGGGAUGUGUUGAGUUUCUUGAUGCAGGCUUCUGGGGCCGGGAUUAUGGUCAGCGGCUCGAGUGACUCUGGAAGUUAUAAACCCUCCAAUACUGGGCAGAAUGUGAUUGUUGGCGGAUUGAUUGUGCAGAUCCUCUUCUUCGGGUUCUUCCUGAUCAGCACCCUGGUGUUCCAGAGCAGGUUGAUCUCGCAUCCGAGUGCAGUAAUUGCGGCUGAUCAUACGCCUUGGCGGAAACACAUGUAUGCCUUGCACACGUCGUCCAUCUUGGUGCUCGUUCGGUCCGUUGUUCGUGUUGUCGAGUACGCCCAGGGUACCGAUGGGACCCUCAUGAGUAACGAGGUAUUUAUUUAUGUUUUCGAUGGAUUGUUGAUGUUUGUUCUUAUGGUGAUUUUCAUUGUGAUUCAUCCAAGCGAGGUCAACUGUCUCCUUGGUCGGGGACAUGUCAUGACGACAAAAGGCGGGUUGAGCAUCUCCGACGGAUCGAUGUUGGUGUAG